AUGUGGCGGGCGGGGGCGGCGGGCGCUGUGCGCGCCGCGGGACGGGCGGCGGGGGCGCGCGGUGGUGGCGGCACCGGGGGCGCCCCGAGGGCGGGCACAGCCGCCGCCGGCGGUGGCCGCAUGCAAAUAAAGUAUUCUUCAGAUGUGAAGAGCAGGACUGUUUGGUCCAUGAAUUUGAGAAAUGCAGGAACUCUGAGUGACACAAGCUCUUUAGAUGAGACCACCUAUGAGAAGCUGGCUGAAGAAACACUGGAUUCCUUAGCAGAUUUCUUUGAGGACCUGACAGAUAAACCUUUUACCCCAGAAGAUUAUGAUGUCUCUUUAGGGAGUGGAGUACUAACAGUUAAAUUGGGUGGAGACAUGGGAACAUAUGUAAUCAAUAAGCAAACACCGAACCGACAGAUUUGGCUGUCCUCACCCACCAGUGGGCCCAAGCGCUAUGACUGGACUGGACGGAAUUGGGUGUAUUCUCAUGACAGAGUAUCUCUUCAUGAACUACUAUCAAAAGAGUUUUCAACAGCUUUAAAAACUAAAUUGGAUUUGUCCUGCUUAAUAUAUUCUGGGAAAGAAGAUACUUGAUUGUAUUCUACCUCAUGGAAGUUUAAAGACUUUAAGCUCAAGCCAAGCUCUUUCUUGGGCUGAAGUACUUGAGCUUAAUUUUGUUGUUUCUCUUGGCAUCAAUAUGUGGUGCAACAAAAAUGAAAAUAAUAUAUUUUUUCUUUAGUGCUCAAUCUUUGGAUUUCUGUGUGCUGUUUGAAUCUCUGCCCACGUAAUAUGUGUGGCUGAGGUCACCCAUCCUGUCACUUCAUUUCUUGCUUUCUUUCUGCAGAAGUCAUGAAUUUUUAGUGUUUAUAGACUCGUUUGCAUGCAAGGACUGACCACCUGGUGACUUCUGACCAGCACAUAAAUGCUGAACUUUUCUUGGUAAAACAUUCACUCAAAAUGAGAAAUGCAUGUGAGUUACAUUGACAUAAAUUAUGGUACUAUGAAUGUAUUGCCUCAAAAUUCGUGGCUAUUGUAACACAUUGUAGUCACAUUUAACAUGUCAUAAUGUGUGUAAUGACAGUUUUUUCAUGGUAUUGCAGUACUUGCUAUUCUCCAAAUUCUAAAUUGUAGUUCAUUUCACCUCAGGGUUUUUAUUUGAGCUAAACUUUAAAUUACUUAGACAUUUUUAUGGCACUGAGCAUGAUACGGAACUGGAAAGGCUAGUAUGGGAAGUUUAAGCUGUACAGCAAUAUCUCUGCUAACAUUUCAUUCUGUUGCUGUGCAUUUCUCUUUCUCUACUCUUUUGUUCUUCAAAGAGCAAAAAUACUUGCCUUUUUUUUUUUGAGCUGAGCAAAAUUAAAUUCAUUGUAGUGAAAAUUUGCACUAAUUUUUUUCUACUGCAUUUCAUAAGUGUUUUUAGAUUAUCUUGUUAUCACAGUGAUACAGCAAGGAUCCCCCUGGCACCAUGCUGAUGCAGAAGUUUCUUAGAAUCAAGUAUAGUUCUUAGGCUGAUGAAGCUGUCUUUGCCAGGCUAUUAAAUACGUGAAGGAAACAAACUAUAUACUUCAGAUCUUAAAACAAAAACAUUUAAAAGAAAUCACGAAUGGCAGCACUUCAGCAGUUGCACUGUUGUCAUAUUACAUCUUGCAGGUUUUAACUGCCUAUAAAAGGGGAAGAACCAAGUUCUUGACUAAUGCAAGGGAGAAAUUAUACCAUAUUUUUGGAGAUUGUAUGAAAAGAUGUUCAGUGCACAAUAUUUUUCUUGGUUUCUCUGAUGCUGUGGUUAUUUGGCAUGAUUCUCUAGCUACCUUGACAGGUAAGAUGGAUUUUGUCUUUAAAAAACAGUAACUGUAAAGUGUUCUUGCCCAGUAUAUGCAUUUUAGAUUAUAAGCACUGUUACCUGCUAUUUCCCACUACUAAACAGAGAAACAUUACUAUGGAAGUAACUCUUGGGUAAUGGUGCUGUUUGCAUGUUUUAUAAUUAAUAUAAAUUUCUGCUAUACUGAAUGAGGAAAUACAAUGACUCCUAGAUCUUACGAAUAUAAGAGCGAAGCGUGCUUUUUUUAAAAAGUACAGAGAGGUAAAAAUAGAAUAUAUUUUUGCUAUUCUGAAUUUAGAACAUUGAAAAUCAUUUAUAGCAUAUGGAAACAGGCAUUUUUAUGUAGUUCUGUAAUAUUUAGCUCAGUCUCCUAAAAUUUCAGAUAGUCAUUCAAAAAGUUGUGAAGAAGUUAAUGACUUGAUACUUGAAUCAAGGAUACCUGGUUAUUCCUUUGCCUGACCACAUGUGAUAAUUUUUUCCAAUUGACUUCCAAAAAUUAUUUUCUUAAGUAUUUGCGUGCAGUAUGGCCACUAACAUCAUCUGAUUGGUAUUUGGAAGUUCAUUCCCCAUUUCCUUACAUCUGGUAGAAAUGUUUAUACCAAAAUAAAAUUGCAUGUAGAAUUCUUAAUUCAGUAUGUAAAAGCGUGAUGGUAAGGGUGAAGGCCACCGACAUAUGCAUAUUUUUGAAUUCUUUCUUAAAACACGUACUGGAAAGAUUCUGUCCAAGUAUGGCCGGUCAACAUGGAUUUUAUAGGAGCAGUUCAGCUUUCAGAGUUUACAUGCCUUGCCCUUUAUCUGUAAUGCUACUGCUAUUUAUGCAAACAAUUUCCUGGGUUUAGGUAUCUGAGUAAUGAAUGGAUUUAAUCUUAAGUGGUGAAGAUAAAUGGUGUCAGCCAGUUAGAAUGAGUUUUAUCUCAAUGUACAAAAUGAAUCAUAGAAUAUGACUCAUUUUUUGUUUUAAUACUUGCAGCAAAUUUUAAGUAGGGGCAAGGACUCCCCAUGAGCUGUCGCACUCGUUCAGUGGAGGCACAGAAUAAGCUCUGAUUCUGGUGUUAGACUGAUUAUUGCCCCAAGGCAAGCAACACUUCAGUACUGUUUUCUACUUCUGUAACUUAGGAAUAAAAAGAUUGUUCCCCACCUGA